AUGUUUUUAUAAGCCAUAAAAGUUAAGGAUUGCAGGUAUUGUGCACAAUAAUGAAGAUUGGAGCCUAUUCAAUUAAAAUUCGGUCCAUAGGUACCUCGCCAACAUACUCCUGAUGGAUUGAGCAAGAUUGGGAUGUUCAACAGCACUUUAUUUUAAGGAAAGAAAUCAGUUGAGAAGAAAAAAGAAAGUAAUCAGAGGAGACCCCAAUCUUCAUUUUAGAGGAUUACCAAACCUGCCUUUUAUAAAAAUGUGUUUACAGUUUAAUAUAUUGUAAUGAUUAACAUAAAAAAGAAUAGUUUUUUUGCGAGAAUGGCAAUAAUGGAAAUUUGGUUAGGAGAAUUCUAUAAGGGAGAGCAUGGUUUUGCGAAUAGCAAACGAGUUACAAGUAAAGUAGAUGAUAGAUAAUUUAAGUGUGAACUUUAUUUGGAGGCAAUCAAAUAAAGGUUUCAAUUAUUCAACGUUAACAUCGAAAAGUGUUUGCAUAAAUCAUUUGGAACAUCACAAUGAAAUAUCAAACAAAAAUAAAUUGCAUGCAAAUUUGAAAUCAUAUUGUUNA